AUGCCACUUGAUAGUAUAUCGUUGUUUGUGGACAAGUUUCAAGUUUUUCUUACAUCGUGCAUUCUUGUUCUAUGGCUGUCUACAUUCAUUCAAAGCAGCAAACCACUCAAUAAGAGGCAACAGGCAGUGUGGCGUAUAGAGUGUGAGUUGGGCGUCAUUUCUGACCCAGAUUGCCCAGUUGACGGAGGCUGGACCACGUGGGAACCUUGGUCCGCUUGCCACGGGUCUUGUGAUGAUGCAGGUCAUCACCAUAGGACAAGGCAAUGCGUCAAUCCCGUUCCAUCCGACGAUGGCAUACCUUGCAGUGGGCCCGAGGAAGAAAUAGAACCUUGCUACCUUACCAACUGCACAGUCGAAGACUAUAGGAAACUAACCGAAGGUGAUUCCACGAGAAUGGAAGCUUUCCACCAGUUGGAGACAGUACCAGCCCUCAUGGAGCGAUGUCUGCAAAUUGAAUGCCGUUAUUCAGCGAUCGAAAACGCAUUAGCCACUGAUAAUACUUGGCAAUUGGACGCCGAAGCUUUAUGGAAUUCGCUGCAGUGUGUGAAGCAUAAUGUCGGUUGUCCUGUGAUAGGAGAAUGGGGCAGCUGGGGGGCGUGGUCGUCGUGCGGCGCUCGCUGCGGCCGCGGCCUGCGCUGGCGGCUGCGCAGGUGCGACACUCCGCCCCCCUCCAAUGCUCAACUUGUCUGUACAGGGACCCCGCUGCAAGCCGAGGAAUGCGAGGGUGACCAGUGCGCUUCCAGUAGUGAGGUGAAUACUGGUGGCCAGUGGAGCACUUGGAGUCAAUGGACAGCUUGCUCCGAAAAAUGUGGAAUAGGUGUGAGACACCGUCGACGAUCUUGCCUUGAGAAAACGAUUUCCCGCCCUGUUGGCCUUUGGGGCACCCAUUGUGUCGGACAGCAUGACGAGUUCGAGGUCUGUGAAAGUAACGACUGCUUGCUGAGUGGAGGUUGGUCAGGUUGGGGCGCCUGGGGUCCCUGUUCGCAGUCUUGCGGCGCUGGCAAAAGAUCCAGGACUCGAUCUUGCACGAGACCAGUACCCUCAGGAGGUGGCAAAAAUUGUAUUGGAUCUAAAACUGAAUUCAUGGCUUGCUACCUAAGUCCUUGUGAGGCUUUCACCCACGUCGUUGUUUUAUUGAAUGGCGACUCCUUUUUGCAGUACAAUUUUGACAAAAAGCGAUCUACUCUCUUCCAUUUCUUUGUACGGUUUAUGCCAUUGUCGCCCCGAGGAACUCUCGUCCGCCGAGGAGCGGUGCACAGUCCAAAUGUACGGCUCAGUUUGCAGAAAUGGCACGUCUGUUUAGAUGCUAGCGGUACUUCGUUGUCGUGUACAAUACCAAGAAUUUGCUCGCCCGCCGUUAUAGAACCAGCAAUCUGGCAUACAGCACUUGUCACAGUCACCAGCGAAGCAGCGAGUCUCAGGAUGGACGAUGCCAUAGUCCCUAUCAGAGCUUCUUUCCCUUGUGAUCCUGAAUUGUUAGACAAUAAAAUGAACAUUUUAGUCGGUGAAAAGUUACAUGGAGAGAUACAAGAGAUGGUUUUAAAUUUCAUUCCUUUAAAAAUGGUUGUUGAACGUAAUCGAAGAACAGUGAGAUCAGAAUUCUUCCCUACUUCCGCUUCGAACGUAGCCUUUGAAAAGGCAGCCAUUGAAGAAGCAUAUUUACCUCUAUACAAUGACCAAUACCUCCGAUUGCCUUGUUUUAACGAACAAGAAGAGUGGCGAUUGGAAUUGACUAUUAAAUCUAAAAGAGAAUCGGGCACUAUACUUUUCUUAAGAGACGAAUCCACCAAUAGUUGGCUACACAUGGGGUUGCAAAACAUGAGAUUAAAAUUGAAAGUUUCUAUUGAAGACCUUCAUUCAGAGAAUAGUGGCUCUACGGAGUGUCCUCCCGAUCAAUGGCUUGACGUUCUACUUAUGAAGAAGCAGGAGACUAACACGAUUGAAGCAUCGAUAAACGGAGGUGAACGCUUACAUGUGGUGUUAGAAGAAACUGCUAUCAAACGUCGGGAGAUGUCCAACAAGCACAUUGCUCCUAAGAAUGGACAAUGCGAGUAUAAAUCGGAUUCAUUUGCAAUUUGCAACGACGAAUUUUUUGUGGGCGGUGUUCCUGGUGAAAACCGAGCUAAAACCGAAGAGUUUACACCGUUUUCAGGUUUGAUUGCGUCGAUAAGUAUAAACAAUGUUUUGCAGGAUCUACAUUCCUUUAGUGUGGAACGAUGUAAAGACGAGAAGAUCCAAGUAUCUUCUAGGACUGCGAGCGUAUCUGGAUCCUAUCAGGAGACCGCAUGGGGAAAAUCGAAUCGAUUAAACUUAACAUGUCUGCACGCCAGAAGCACUCGGUCACCGCACGCCGCGCAUUGGCUUUAUCUCGACACCACUAUCGGAAAUAUUUUCAAAGAUAAAACAGUACGAUCCGUCGAUGACGGAAGAGUUCUUCGGCUUGUCGCUUCCGCAGAUAAUGAUCUCAGAGGAUUCUACACGUGUCGAGCGCAUACUAACAAACGUACACGUAAUAUCGUUACUUACGGAGUUAUUGGGAAAAUCAGGUACAAUUUGUCUGGACCUGAUACGACCACGGCGCUAGCAGUCAUCACCACCGUGUUGUUAGUGGUAGCUACUCUCGGGUGGCUUUUCAUUGAAGGCGUGCAUGACCUGCGCACAGGGUUCGGCUUUUUCCGCGACGCUCACUUGACUCCAGAAGAGGAGGCUGAAGCCGUAUGCAGCUAUAUCGAUAAUAAUAUUCAUCUGCUGUCAUCCCCAAGCGUAGCAGAAAUAGCAAAGGCCAGAGCAAGACUGCGGGGGCGUCAAAUAGCGUUGACUAGUCGGUCUAGCUUCGCAGCUCAAGAACCACAAGGGCUGAUGCAAAUAGAAAACCAGCCGAUAAAAGAGAUACCACUGCACUUGAACAUAACGGCAGAAGAGAACUCUACGAGUGAGCCGGAGGACUUGCCGGCACUGCCUGAGGAGAAAACUUUGAAUGUGAGUCCAACGCACGAUGUGUACAGAUGUGAACAGAGCUACGUCAGCUCGCCCAGACACGGUUCAAUAACGUCUCCAAGGGGGAGGCUUUCAUCAUCUUCUUCGUUUGAACUUGCGUCACCUCGGUUCUUAUGCAAUCGCCUCCUCGUUGCGAGACGAAUAUACUCCUCCAGAGAAAGUCUUAGGUCAAGAAUAAGAAAGAGUCCUCGUUACCGAAAUUUCGACAUCAGUCACAAUAUAAGAUCCAAUCUGUUGACUAUAAAAUCGUCGACAUUCGUCAACGUGUCGCCAGCACAGAAGAUUUUACAAAGGUUCCAACAACUUAGAAAUGACGAUUAUUGA